GAUCUUGGAUUCUAGGGCUCUUUCUUUUAGUAGUCGUUUUUGUUAUUGUUGUGCGUCUCUCUGAUGAUUACUGAACUUGAGAUGGGGAAAGGUGAGAGUGAGCUUGAGCUUGGUUUAGGGCUGAGUCUCGGCGGUGGAACGGCGGCCAAGAUUGGUAAACCAGGUGGUGGUGGCGCGUGGGGAGAGCGUGGGAGGCUUUUGACGGCUAAGGAUUUUCCUUCUGUUGGUUCUAAACGAGCUGCUGAUUCUGCUUCUCAUGCUGGUGCAUCUCCUCCUCGUUCAAGUCAAGUUGUGGGAUGGCCUCCUAUAGGGUCACACAGGAUGAACAGUUUGGUUAAUAACCAAGCUACAAAGUCGGGAAGAGAAGAAGAAGAAGCUGGUAAGAAGAAAGUGAAAGAUGAUGAGCCUAAAGAUGUGACAAAGAAAGUGAAUGGGAAAGUGCCAGUUGGGUUUAUUAAGGUGAACAUGGAUGGAGUUGCUAUAGGAAGGAAAGUGGAUUUGAAUGCUCAUUCUUCUUACGAUAAUUUGUCGCAAACAUUGGAAGAUAUGUUCUUUCGCACUAAUCCGGGUACUAUCGGGUUAGCGGGUCAGUUCACUAAACCGUUGAGGCUUUUAGAUGGAUCGUCUGAGUUUGUACUUACCUAUGAAGAUAAGGAAGGAGAUUGGAUGCUUGUUGGCGAUGUUCCAUGGAGAAUGUUCAUCACCUCAGUGAAAAGGCUUCGUGUGAUGAAAACCUCUGAAGCGAAUGGACUCGGUAUGUAGACUAUCUUGUCUAGAUUUCUCCUAUUGUUUGUUGAAAAGAUGGAAAGAAAAGGUUGGACUGAAA